AUGGAGUACAACCACAAUAACCUCCCCCGCGGGCGGCAAAGCUCCAUGAUGGCCAACUGCGAGGGCUGCUCCACGCUGAUACCAUACGAUCCGCGAUACGCUCCAAUCUGCACCGACUGCGAGUAUCAGCAGCAGAGUUCGAUAAAUGCGCCACUUCCCGCCACGUCAACCUACCUCACUUCCGCACGCUACCAGACCAUGCAGGGAAUGCACCCUUCACACUACCAGGCGAUGCAGGACAUGCAACCUUCGGGCUAUGAGUGGCAGGGGGAAGGACAAGCUUAUUACGCGAUGCCGGAAGCAACCACCCAAAUGGCGAGCUUCCAGCAGCCAGGGCUACCGCCCCGGUAUUCACUCUUCUCGAAUCAGCCUAUGUCCUUCUCCAGAUCAAAUAUGAACGACUAUCCCACGCAUGGUAUGGCCAACGGCAGAUCUGCUCUAGUCUACGAGGGCAUGUCGAUGGGGUCAUACUCCAGCGACGAAGAGGAGGACGCAUUCGUGGAUGCACAAGAAGAAGUCGCAGCGUACGAGAACGGAGAGAUGAUGGCUCGUGAGAUUGGAGCUGAAAUCUCACGCCGCACAAAUACGGACUUCGAGAACAACUUCACAACUGGGGCAAGCCGCGACGAAGAAAUGGAAUGGGAACAAGUCGCGAACGGCGAAGACGAGCGAGAUUUGUUCGAGAGUGCCUUCCCAGAGCCCUCCAGUAACGAGAGCGAGGAUGAAGGGCCAGCAGACGAAGCAGACCGCAAGCUUCCCAGCACCAGUCUGAAGCCCAAGUCAGCCACAAAGCCGAACGACAUGCCGCCGCCCGCGAAGCCACUCAAGACUGCGGCCAGCAGCAAGACCAGCCAGCAUCCCAACACGACCACCACCUCCAAAGCCGCGCCUCCCGCAUCUCACCUGCCCAACUUCGGGCCUCCCGGUCCCCCAGAUCCCGUCAAAUCGCUCUCCCCUGUCCUCAAAUUCUACCGCGACAUCCAUGUCCGCGCAAAGGAUCUGAUCCCCCGCCUGCCCCUCGCCCCGCACCGCUACUGGAUCGGAGUCCUGCACAUCGGCGUGAAGUCGCGCACCUUCAACCAAGAAAAGCACUUCACGUGGAUGAAGGGAAACCGCUUCACGACUGUGCGUACGGUGUGGCACUACUAUCAGAACACGACGGCGACGGAGGACUUUGUGCUACUGGUGGGGAAAGAGAGGGUGGAGAUGGGCGAUCGCGUGGAGGCGCUGGACUUCUUUGGGGAUUGCAAGGUCUUCUUUCGCGCUGUUGAAAGGGGGUCGGCGGAGGCUGCGGGGGCGAAAGCAAUGUGUGCGGGCUUGAUUCCCAAAGCGGUGGAGGUGGCGGCCGGGGGUAGUGGAGGUGGAAAAGGAGGGGUCUGCGAGGUGGUUGAGAUUGAUUGA